AUGGACCUCCCUUCAUCACCUCCAGUCUCCCCAGAGGAGGAUGGAUCUCUUCUACCUACCCAACCCCAGCAGCCUAACAACACGUUCAGCAACGACCUUUCCGCGAUGCCUGGUGAAGAACACUUCGCAGUCAAUGACUCACUACCCUCGAAGAACACUGCUGGUGACAAUGUAAGGCCUCAAGGCUCGAGUUUACCAAGUUCAGUCGCUCAUGCUGCGACACCUUUGGAAGGUGACCUUGCCAGAAACAAUCCACCAACAAACCCUACAACCAGAAAUCACCUCAAAGGAUACAAUCUGUCUGAAGAGCAUGAAAGCUGCCGUCGAAGUUUCGAGUAUCAGCUGAGUGCGUUGAACACGCGUCUCCAAGAUGCGAUUCAAGUCGGCAUGAAAACUGAUCUUGAUCUGAUCCGUGCAAAUGCAUUUUACACCUAUAACGUCCGACAGCUGAAAGAUACACACCAGAAGGAAAUGGAGGCAUUGAGAAAGAAAAUGAUGGCGGAACACGAGAAGGAGGUCCAGAGGUCGCAGAAGCUGAUCGAGGAACCUAAGCAGUCACGAUCGGCCCACGAAAGGCUACAGGUGGAGAACAGGGCAUUGAAGAAGAAGGCUGCUGAUACAAAGGCCUCUAAGGAACCACUAGCCAAGGAGAAUCAGGAGUUGAAAGCAACUCUCGCCAACCUCAAUGCGGAGCAUGAGCAAGUUAAAAAAGCUCUCGGAAAAGCCAAGGCUCGCAUACAGCAGAAUACCAAGGAUACCUGUGCUGUCUCUCUCCAACAUGAACGAAGCUUGGAAGAGUACAAGCUGGUGGAAGCCGACCUCUUGGAAUCGAGAUCCGACGUUAAAGCACUACAAAGGCAGGUUGAAGACAUGAAAUCCCAGAAAGCAGAAUUUGCAAACCUCGCCCAAAGUCUAGAGCUGAAAAUUGCAGCACUGGAGAAAGAUCAAGCAAACGAAAAACCGCUGGUUGAUGUCGGAACCGCUAUCCGCAUGCGACAUAUGGUACUUCAGUCGAUUGUUGUUGAGCCCGUUAGCCGCAGGGAGAAGAAAUUAGUCCAAGCUGGCAACAUAGCUGCUCAUGAGGAAAACAUUGAAGCAGAUCUAGCAGUAUUCACGGCAGGCACGGAUUUGGGAGAAUAUGAGAAGAAAUACUUCCAAAUGUUACAUGGUAUGAGUCCCAAUGGUUAUAGAAUCAUGGCGAGCCACAUAGCCAGAUUCUCGGGUUUCGACGAGGGAAUGUUUGGUGAUGAUGAGAUUCCCCAAUUCGCAUCUGAUGUAGCCAGCUUCGAGAGGUCAACAGAAGGGAUUCUAGCAUACGAGAAGGAGGAACAUUGGCCAUUAGGGAAGCCGCGGGAUCAACUUCCACACGACGACGAUUGUUGGUGUGGGCGAUGUCCUUGUAAGAAACCACCCGCCACAGCUGACUCUGGAAACGGACCCUCAAAUACACCAGUUCAGAAUGUCGAGGCCAUCAACCAAAUCAGACAACAAAAUAUGGGGGUGUCGAAUACCACAAGCCCAGUCACUCAGGUCGAUUAUACGCCAAAUUGGGAUACGAAUGUUGAGGAUGACUGGGGCUCGCCCUCUGUUGUGAAGACUAAAGAUUUUGGAGGAGGAUGGGAAUCGCCGGCACCAACUUCCCACGUUCAAACUCAAUAUGUAUCCCAUACAAGUGUUUUGGGUUUGCCAGUACCGAAUUAUCAUCCUGUGCAGGCUACAUCAGCUUUCACUACCAAUGAAUUGGCCUCCAUAUCACAAAGCAACAGGGACUGGUUUCAAGCUCCAACUUCUGUAAAUGGAGCAAAAUGGAGUGUACAGAAGCCAGUACUUGGUAGUACGGGUGCUGGUGGUAGCAAUAUCCAUACAUCUGUCGCUGUUGGGGGAUGGGCAACUUCUACCGCACCAUUAGAGGCAACUGCCAUGUUUCAAAAUGAUUGGUAA